AUGGAGAGUUUGAUCGGGUUGGUAAACAGGAUACAAAGAGCAUGCACUUCGCUCGGCGAUUAUGGCGGCGGUAAUAACGCUCUCUCUUCUCUCUGGGAAGCUCUUCCUACAGUCGCCGUCGUCGGUGGCCAGAGUUCUGGGAAAUCUUCGGUUCUGGAGAGCAUUGUCGGGAGAGAUUUUCUGCCUAGAGGAUCCGGUAUUGUUACGAGGAGGCCAUUGGUGUUACAGCUUCAUAAGACGGAAAAUGGAACAGAGGACUACGCUGAGUUUCUCCAUAUUUCCAAUAGGAGAUUCACCAAUUUCUCUUUGGUUCGAAAGGAGAUUGAGGAUGAGACUGAUAGAAUCACUGGGAAGAACAAACAGAUAUCUCCAGUUCCUAUUCACCUCAGUAUCUUCUCUCCCAAUGUUGUGAAUCUUACACUCAUUGAUUUACCUGGUUUGACUAAAGUUGCUGUUGAUGGACAGCCGGAAACUAUUGUUGAAGAUAUUGAAUCCAUGGUUCGCUCAUACGUCUCAAAGCCAAACUGUCUUAUACUAGCAAUAUCUCCUGCUAACCAAGACAUAGCCACAUCGGAUGCGAUCAAGCUCGCCAAAGAAGUGGAUCCAACAGGUGAUAGAACAUUUGGAGUUCUCACAAAGUUAGACUUGAUGGACAAGGGAACUAAUGCAUUGGAUGUAAUCGAAGGAAGAUCAUACAGGCUGCAACAUCCAUGGGUUGGGAUAGUGAACCGUUCACAAGCAGAUAUUAACAAGAAUAUUGAUAUGAUGGUUGCAAGAAGGCAAGAGCGUGAAUACUUCGAAACCAGUCCCGACUAUUCUCACUUAGCUAGUAAAAUGGGUUCAGAAUAUCUUGCAAAGCUUCUCUCUAAGCUCUUGGAAUCUGUUAUAAGGGCUCGUAUCCCAAAUAUCCUAUCCUUAAUAACCAGAAGCAUCGAAGAACUCGAAAGAGAGCUAGACCACUUGGGCAGGCCUGUCGCAAUUGAUGCUGGAGCUCAACUAUACACAAUCUUGGGAAUGUGUCGUGCAUUCGAAAAGAUAUUCAAAGAGCAUUUGGAUGGCGGGCGUCCUGGAGGAGCUCGUAUCUAUGGAAUAUUUGACUACCAACUUCCAGCAGCUAUCAAGAAGCUUCCUUUUGAUCAUCAUCUUUCCUUGGAAAAUGUCAAGAGAAUCGUCUCAGAAUCCGAAGGCUACCAACCUCACUUGAUCGCACCUGAAUUAGGUUAUCGUCGUCUCAUUGAAAGAUCACUAAAUCAUUUUAGAGGUCCAGCUGAAGCUUCUGUGAACGCUGUUCACUUUGUCUUAAAAGAGCUUGUAAGAAAAUCCAUCGCAGAAACUGAGGAGCUAAAAAGGUUCCCAUCGCUACAAAUCGAGCUAACCGCUGCAGCGAACGCAUCUUUAGAGAAGUUUCGUGAAGAAAGCAUGAAGUCUGUUCUAAGACUUGUCGACAUGGAAGCUUCGUAUCUGACGGUUGACUUCUUUCGCAAGCUAACACAAGAAAGCCAAUCUCAACCGUCGCUUUCUUCUUCACCAACAACAACAACAACAGACGCAUACGGGGAAGGACAUUGGAGAAAGAUAGCUUCGAAUGUGGCUGCUUACAUCAGAAUGGUGGCAGAGACGCUUGUGAACACCAUUCCUAAGUCCGUUGUUCAUUGUCAGGUCAGACAGGCGAAACUCUCUUUGCUCAGUUACUUGUACACACAAAUCAGUCAGUGUCAGGGGAAAAAGCUGGGGCAGUUGCUAGAUGAGAAUCCGGCAUUGUUGGAAAGGAGGCUACAGUGUGCAAAGAGGCUCGAGCUUUACAAGAAGGCUAGAGAUGAAAUUGAUGCAGCGGUUUGGGCUCGUUGA